GGUGCAGGGACAGAAGGGGCGGUCAGGCAGCGGGAGAAGAAGAAGAAGAAGAAGAAGAAGGGAGAGGAUGUACCAGGAGAGAAGGAUGUCCAGGAUCAUGUUCCCGGCUGGUCCUCGCUCCCACAUAUCCGCAACAUGAUAAACGCUGCUCCGGGAGCGUUCGCCCGCAGGAUGCCGUCAGCGGCCCGGCGGAGCGGCUGCUGGAUAGCAUGGUGCCAGGCUGUCCUGCUCGGCGUGUCGGCGCUGGUUAUCGUGGCCGAGCGGAGCGCACUGAUCUACUGUAUAGGAUUCUACCUUUGGAACGAGGAGACGCAGUGGGCGGGCCUCACACUUGGCCUUUUUCUUCCUGGGACAGCAGUUCAGCUGCUAAGCGUGAAGUGGUACUAUGAUGAUGGAGAUGAAAGGCGAUUCUACCUCUCUGUCAUACACAUACUACACUUGGGCAUCUUUAAAAGGUUAUGGGACUGCAUGAGGUCUGUGCUGCAUAUGCAGGGCUCGGUGGCUGAACUUGGUGCUGCUGUCAUGCAGCAGGCAGAUGUUGCUGCCCUUUGGCUGCUGGAGGCACUUGUCCUUACACUGCCUCAGAGCCUGCUGCAGGCAUAUGUAGUUGUGUCUACAGAUGUGGGGAUAAUGUCACCAGUGGCAUAUUGCUGUGGCUUAUGCGUGCUGUCCAUUUCCUGGGCCCUGGUGCUGUACAGCCGAGCCUGCUGUCUGAUACGACCAGGCCACUUGGCCAUGCCGCCAGCAGCCCUGCUGUGCCAGCUUGUCUGGAGAGCAGGCAUGUUAGGUGCCAGGGUGAUCUGUCUCAUGUUCUUUGCCAGAGUCUUCAACUGGUGGGUUUGUGGAGUAGCAGGUUUUCACUGGCUCACCGCCUCCUUCUGGCUAGUAUCACAGCAGCCCGACAUUUGCACUGGUCACUGGUGUUGGCGUGCCUUUAAUGGCGUCCUAGGGCUCAUCCACGUCUUCCUCUUCCUCAACGUCAAAGAUGGACCCUCGCGCUUUCGUAUGGCUAGCUUUUAUGCUCUUGCAGUGACGUGAAGCUGACUGCAAAUGAGUGAUGACCUUCUCCGUCUCCCUUUAGUUCAUGCUCGUAGAGAAUAUCACUCUGCUGUUGGCCGCCUCCGACUUCCUGAGCGAAGCGUCAUGGGAUAGCAUGACCCUUC